UUAUAUUUCUUACCAGUGAAAAUUAACCCUUCACAGUCUGGCUGUACCUUGUCUUUUCAACCUCAUUUUACCCUUCUCCCUUUUGUAUAUUUUUUUAAAGGUAGUAUUCUCCAUCACCUGUUCUCAUCCUGCGGUUAAUAUUUCUUUUAAUUCCACAGCCAUCUCUUAUACGUGGAAGUAGCAACUCUUCACCCACUUCCUAGUCUCCUGUAAAAAUUCUUUCCUUUCUUCAAGGCCCAACUUUGAUGAUCCAACAAGGUUCCAUUUCUUUACUGAAGCCUGAAGCAUUCCUUGACUCCCCUACCCCAAGUUAAAAAAAAAAAUGUUCAGCAGCAGUGACGGCUAUAGCAGCAACAUGAAGAGAAUAAACAGUAGCCUUUCCAGUGAUGACCUUAUUCUGGAGGACUUAGAGACAGAGGGAGAGAGACAGCUAAGAAGCCUCCUUCACCAUCAACUCGAUACUUCUGUUUCUGUUGAAGAGUGUGUAUCUAAGAAGCAAUGCUUUGCUCCCGCUGCAGUGUACAAGCCCUUUGGUGAGGAGGCAGCUGGGGUUUUGAGCUUGUCCCAGUUUCAGGCACUACAGAAGAGUGACCAGGAAAUUGCAUCUCUGAGGGACUUGGGUCUUACCGAUAGAGAGAUCAUGUUGUGGAAAAACCGUGCUUCAUCAGAGAGGGGUACAGGGCUGGGAGCAACCCCUGAAGCAACACAGGACUGUCUUCGAGACAUUGAAGAGAAGAUCUCGGAGCAUCAGCGCAUCCUGGCUUUGCCACAGAGGUUUGCAGGGUGUAAACAAUUGAGUCGACGGGAGAUGGAAAUAGAAAAGGCUUUGUUUCAGGGGAAUGAUCGCCAUUCCUUCCUGAGGGCUCUCUAUUACCAAGGUGAAUCCCAUAAGAGACUAGAGACUGAAAAGGACCCCAUUAAUAAUCUGGAGACUGUUUACCAAGAGAUGAUGGCCAAACCCCAUCUUGAAGAAGCUCAGCUUAUGAGAGGUGAACCUUUUGCUUGCCCUUUAUUGGACCCGUGUGCAUUAACGGACAGUAGUAUCACAGCUAAGAACCUGUCAGUACUUGAGGAUCAAGGAAACCAGGCAGCACAGGCCAAGGGGCCUAGCCUCUGUGUGGUGAAAGCUAUUGAAUCUGAGGCACAGCAGUGUCUUACUGGGCCCAAGAAGUUUACAGAAGUAGUGGAAUUUAUCCCAGAAGAAGAGAUCGCGAGAAAUCGUCUGUCACAGGAGGACAUCCGAAAAAUACCUAUGUUUGCUUCAUACAGUCCUGGAGAGCCAAACAAAGAUAAAGGAACUCCAAUUCAAUUCCGAGUGUUGACUGGCCGCAUGAAGGGCCAGGCCUUCAUCACCUUUCCCAGUACGGAGAUAGCCCAGCAGGCAUUGCUUUUGGUGAAUGGAUAUAACCUCCUGGGGAAAACACUGGUGAUAGAGUUUGGCAAAAACAAAACACAGAGGGCAGGGCUGCAUUCGGCACCCCCUACCCAACAUGUGACACACAGCAUGACAGAACAAGAUGGGAACUAACAGAAAUGGAUUGGGGUUCUGUUUUGUUCUCCCUUGUAUUUGCAACUCACUUCUAGAAUCUGUCUAUAAAGGAUCAUCUCAUAGGAGAGAGUGAUUAUAAAGCACCCAAGACAGUCCUUUUCAAGUGUUCAUUCUGGGUAAUUGUUGGAAACAUUUCCCUCAAUGAGAGACCAUAUGGGAUAGAGGAGAUACUGAGAAUAAAGUUUACCCUCCACAGGGUAAGAUAGAA